AUGUGCAAGCAGGGGCUGGACUCAAAGGAGCUGACACGCAGCUGCGGGAGCGGAGUGCGCCCCGGCAAAUUGGAGCUGGCGGCCGAUGGGUGUGCGCUGGAGGUGCACUACGAGAGCGUGGAGGUGGCGGUGCUGCCAAACGGUCAGGAAGUGCCGCAGACGACCAAACAAGGCGUCAAGCGCAUCAAAUUUGAGCUUCCCGAGGAGGAUAGUGGCCUGCCGCAGCUGGCCCGCCAGAUCGUGGACGGCUGCAAGCUGCUGCAUCCGCAGCGCGUGGACGAGGUCGGGGCGCUGCUGGCGGCGGCGGCAGCGGCACGCCGCAUGGCGGCGCCGCAGCCGCCACCCGACGCCGCCCAGCCCGCAGCCUCGCUGGACGCGCGGCACAGGGUCAGCGACCUGGACCGCCAGCUGCUGCGGGAGGAGCAGCUGCGCUACCUGGAGGCAGCGGGGGCCAGCGCGACGCAGGCGCUGGCAGCCGCUGCCGCCACGGCCUCCAUCGACCAACUGGAGGCGUACCUGGAGGCUCUCUACGACGAGGAGCUGGGCCCCAAGACGGCGGCCGCCGCCGCCAUCGCGCUGCUCUUCCGCGACCCUCGCUCCCUGGGGGCGCUGCAGGCGCACCCCACGCUGCUGCAGGCGCUGGCGCGCCUGCUGCGCGAGGACGCCAAGCGCAGCGCCGAGCUGGGCCUCUCCCUGCUCAUGUCCUUCUUUGCGCUGUCGCACCUGCCGCAGGCCCACGCGCUGCUGGUGCAGAACCAGGUUGGCUCCCUCACUAUGGAGCUGCUUGACCUGGAGCUGCGGCGAGCAGCACAUUGGCAGCAGCGGGAGGGCGUGGGCGUCGCGGGGGUGGGCGCAGCGCUGCUGGCGGCGCGCCCGCUGGCGGCGCGGGAGCAGCGGCUGGCGCUGGCGCUGGCGCGCCAGGAGCCGCUGCUGUAUGCGGGGCUGUCGCUGCUGCUGAACAUGGCGGAGGAUGCGGGGGUGGAGCAGAAGAUGGUGAAGAAGGGCCUGCUGAGCCUGCUGGUGGCGCUGCUCGACCGCGGCGCCCCCCGCCUGCUGGUGCUUGCCACCACCUUCCUGCGCAAGCUGUCCGUGUAUGGCGAAAACUGCGCGGCGCUGCGGGAGUCUGGGGCGGUGGGCCAGCUGGCGGCGCUGGUGCCACCCUUCCCUGGCAGCGACGGCAGCAGCUGCGCCGAAGGGAGCGCCGAGGGCGUCAGCCAGCUGCUGCCGAGCGUGCUGCGCCUGCUGCACAACCUGUCUUUUGAUGACGCCAUGCGGCAGCAGAUGGUAGCGGCGGGGCUGAUUGCAAAGGUGUCGGCCCUGCUCAGGGCUCCGAGCGCCCACACACCGUCGCAGCAGCAGCAGCAGGGCAAGGAAUGGGUGGGGAAGGAAGGUCCGCAGCUGCCUCGCCUGGUGCUGGGACUGCUCUACCAUCUGUCUCUGGAAGCCAAGAACCGCUCCAUGUUUCUGUACACAGACGCCAUCCCCAGCCUGCACGCCAUGCUGACAGCCGCCCAGCCGCCCCUGGCCGCCACCUGCCCAGAGCUGGCAGCCCUAUCCAUCAGCCUGGCGUGCAGCGCCCGGGUGGCCGAAGAGAUGGCCCGCGGCGGCCGCCUGGAGCAGCUGCUUGAUCUGGCUGUGGGGCCCGCCGAGCCGGCGCCCGCCCCGCAGCAAGGCCUGCCAGAGGGAGCGGAGGCCGAAGGGGCGCAGCCUGCCGCAGCCCUGGCAGAGGGCGGGGAGGCCGGCGGGGCGCAGCCGCCAGCCGCGGCGCUUCCUCCUCUCGCAGCCCCGGCAGCAGCCGCAGGGCCUCUGGCAGAGGAUGAGCUGGCGUGGAAGCUGCUGCGGGCGCUGGGCGAGCACGACUCGGAGCCGGUGCGGGCGCGCUUUGCCCCCGCCCUACCCCGCAUGGGGCGCCUCGUCAUGGCGGGCUCGCUGCCGCCCGCCGCGUUUGCCGAGGCGCUGGGCUGCCUCUCCUGCCUGGACAUCCCCGGCUACCACUACGCCCAGCUGCUGCGAGACACGCAGCUGCACACUUUCCUAGCGGACCUGCUGGCGGGCAGCGAUGCGGUGGAGCAGGAGCAGGGCGACGUGGCGCUGUCGGCGGUGCAGGCGGUGGCGGUGCUGUGCGCGGACGAGGAGUGCGCGGGCAUGCUGGUGGAGGCGCUGCACGGGCUGAUGCUGGAGCGCAUGGACGACGAGCGGUAUGUGCUGGCCACCACGGCGGCGGCGGCGCGGCUGGCGGCGCAGGCCCCCACCCGCGCCGCGCUGCUGGCGCACGCCGAGCUGGCGGCCCGGUUUGCGGAGCUGCUGCAGCACACGUGCCGCGAGGUGGCGCGUGCGGCAGAUGCGGCCCUGGAUGCUGUGGCUGCGGGCAGCGAGGAGUGGGCGGCCAGCGUGCAGCGCCUCAAGUUUGAGGCGCACAACCGAGAGUGGCUGCAGAUAGUUUCACAGACUUGA